AAUGAUGCAUAAAAAUUGGCGCGAAAACUGCUUAAGCUUGCACUAAGAAUAACGGUACAUAAACAAACCCUUACUUAACCUUAACCUCAAUCAGUGUGUAUAUAAAAGUGUCACUGUCCUAACUCUCCUCGUGUAUUUUCUAUUAAUUCAAACCUAAAUGCAAAAUAAAAAAAAAGUAAAUUAUCAACAUAAUAAAAUAACCAAUUAAAUAAAAAAAUGGAUCCAGAAGGUUGUUAUGUAAACAGCACAGUAGUGUUAGAAUGGACAAAUUCCUCCGGAACAACAACCCGAAAAGUAAACUACAGAUCAGCGCAGCUCCGACUGAUAAGAAACAACCUCCGUCAGAUGUUAGUGCAAGUCCAAGCAGAAAAAUCAAACACGACAUUUAAACUCCUAAUCCGUGGAAUAAAUGUUCUCAAUCGUUUCAUGCACGAAGGUAAAGCCACAAUAAAAUUCAACGAAGAGCGUUGUACACUUUUAAUCUCCAACGCUCCAGCAGCUCAGCUGACUUCAUUCCUAAAGACUAUUUUUGUAAAAAUGACAGGCCAGCCCGAGACAAAGGUGAGUUCUUUGAAGCAGCACAUAGCAGCUAAUGUUAAUUUAGGUGGUGCUCAGGACAUAAGUCCCGCGACAGCUGGUGAAUUAAAAGCCGCUAAAGAAAAAGCUUUAGUAGUUGCAAAUUCGCGUAAAACUUUAACAACACCUUCUCCGAGUAGUGUGCGUAAGCGUAAAUUAAUAAACAGUGAAAAUAGUUUAAAAGUGCCGGCUAAAAAAUUGUACAGCAACCCAACGGUUGCCGAAUUGACAGAAGAGCAGUCAGAAAUAUUGACAGCUGUUCAACGCGGCAGCAAUAUUUUUUUCACCGGCUCAGCUGGGACUGGAAAGUCGUAUCUUUUGAAGAGAAUCAUUGCGGAGCUGCCGCCAGACGUGACAACUGUCACAGCAAGUACUGGAGUAGCUGCUUGUCAUAUUGGAGGUAUAACACUUCAUCAGUUUGCUGGAAUUGGUCUCGGUACUGGUACUUUAGAGCGUUGUUAUCAACUUGCAUCACGUCCUUCCUCUGCUUCAGUUUGGCGAAAAACAAAGCACUUGAUUAUUGAUGAAAUUUCAAUGGUAGACGGUGAAUUAUUCGACAGGAUUGAAGCUGUAGCAAGGCAUGUUCGCAGAAAUGACAGACCUUUUGGUGGGAUUCAAUUAAUUUUAUGCGGUGAUUUUUUUCAGCUUCCUCCCGUUAGAAAAAAUGAAAGUAUUAAAUUUUGCUUCGAAAGCAAAGCUUGGGACACUUGUAUCACUUGUAAUUUUGAGCUUCAAAUAGUUCACAGGCAGAAAGAUCCAACGUUUGUUAAGUUGCUCAAUAGUGUGAGGAUUGGAAGAGUAACUGAUGAUAUUAAAGAGACUCUAAGAGCGACUGCUAAGCAGAAAAUUGAAAAAGAUGGUAUUUUAGCUACGAGACUUUGCUCGCAUGUAAAAGAAGCUGAUGAAAUAAAUGAAUCUCAGUUGGAAAAACUUGAAGGUACUGCUAAAUAUUAUUCUGCUCAGGAUUCUGAUGAAUCUAUGACCCAGACACUGGAUCAACAAUUGCCAGUUCCGGGAAAACUUACGCUUAAAAUUGGCGCGCAAGUUAUGCUGCUUAAAAAUAUUAAUAUUAACAGUGGAUUGGUUAAUGGAGCUCGUGGAGUUGUUUUGAGGUUUGAUGAUGAAAUUCCAGUUGUACAAUUUUGUUCUGGAGAAAUUUAUCACGCUAAAGCGGAAAAGUGGAUGUUAAAAAUGGCCAGUGGGAGUUUUAUUCAUCGGAAACAAAUUCCUUUGAAAUUAGCUUGGGCUUUUUCGAUUCACAAAAGCCAAGGAUUGACUUUAGAUUGUGUGGAGAUGAAUCUUAGCAAUGUUUUUGAUGCCGGACAAUCUUAUGUUGCACUUUCAAGGGCGCAAAGUCUUGAAGCGUUGAGAGUUUUAGAUUUUAAUGAAAAACAAGUCUGGGUCAGCACUAAUGUCCUGGAAUUUUAUAAAAAAUUUAGAAGAAAUUUACAAAAUAAUAAAAUUUAUAAGCUAGGUAAAUCUAAAAAA